UCAGUUUGUCUGCAGCUCAUUAAUUUCUCAAAGUUUGGAGAACUUCGCUUCAGCCCGGGCUGCUUCGGCUCAGCGUCCCGUUCCGUCCGCCGCUACAGCCCUGGCGCCGCCUUACCAUGUGGGACAGCCUCAGUCUCCGGCUUUUAAUACUGUCUUCGCUGCUUUUCAGCUUUGGACUGUCGGCAGUAGCAGCGGACCCGGAGGAGGCUGCUCUGCUCGUCCCCGUGCGGUUAACGGGGGACGAGGUCCACCUGCUGAUGGAUGCGGCCGGGCGGAGCGGCCGCGGACGGGGGCGGGGGCGGCGCUCUGUGAGCCAGCCGGGACGCCGCCGCCUGGAGGAGAGCCGAGACCUGUUCCUGCUUUUGCCGGCCUUCGGCACAGACCUUUUCCUCCAGCUCAGGAGGGACGCAGGGUUCCUAUCGGAUGACUUCGUAAUUGAGGAGAUGCGAGAUAACGGGACUGCACCGGCGAAGAGCGAUCCCGGUGCCGCCUUCUGCUUCUACACCGGCCGGGUUCUCAAUCACACCAACUCUUUUGCGACUCUCAGCACCUGUGGUGGUCUGACUGGAUGGGUGCAGACGGAACAUGACCGCAUGUUCAUCGAACCCACGGUCAGCUCCGGUGCUUUUGCUGGCGUGGAGCAUAGGGUCGUCCGCCAGCGGCGAUCUCCCAGAGCCAGGCCCCCCCACAUGGAAAUGGAGACAACAAAGCACUGUGAGACCAUUCAAGGGAAGAAGGAGAGGAAGACCAAGGAAUGGGAGGACCGGCGAGAACGCAGGAAUGCCAUCCGGCGGGGCGGCGACUACACCGUGGAGACGGUGGUGGUGGCCGACUCGGACAUGGUGGCGUAUCACGGGCCCGAGGCGGCUCAGAGGUUCAUCCUGACGGUGAUGAACAUGGUGUAUAACAUGUUCCGCCACAAGAGUCUGGGUGUCAGCAUCAACAUCCGAGUGACCAAGCUGGUUCUGCUCCACAGCCGCCCGGAGAAACUGAAGGUGGGUCACCAUGGUGAGCGCUCCCUGGAAAGCUUCUGCCACUGGCAGCAUGAGGAGUUUGGUGGGCCCCGAUUCCUGGGCAACAACCACGUUCCCGGAGGGAGAGAUGACCCACCCCCGAUGGACGUCGCUGUGUUCGUCACCAGAACCGAUUUCUGCGUCCAUAAAGAUGAGCCGUGCGACACCGUUGGAAUCGCCUACCUGGGCGGGGCCUGCAGUGCCAAGAGGAAGUGCGUGCUGGCAGAGGACAAUGGCCUGAACCUGGCCUUCACCAUCGCCCACGAGCUCGGCCACAACGUGGGCAUGAGCCACGAUGACGACCACGCCGCCUGCACCGGCCACUCGCACAUCAUGUCGGGGGAGUGGGUGAAGGGCAGGAACCCCAGCGACCUGUCCUGGUCCACCUGCAGCCGUGACGACCUCGAGAACUUCCUCAGGUCCAAGGCCAGCGCAUGCUUACUGCGGAUGGACCCGCGCAGCCCCUACCUGGUGCGUCUCCCACCGAAGCUGCCUGGCAUGCACUACAGCGCCGACGAGCAGUGCCAGAUUUUAUUUGGUACCAACGCCACCUUCUGCCAGGAUAUGGAGCAUCUGAUGUGCGCUGGCUUGUGGUGCCUUGUGGAAGGAGACACUACUUGCAAAACCAAAUUAGACCCCCCCCUCGAUGGGACAGAGUGCGGAGCCGACAAGUGGUGCAGGGCAGGAGACUGCGUCAGCAAGACCCCCAUCCCCCAGCACCUGGACGGGGACUGGGGCCCCUGGGGCCCCUGGAGCAUGUGCAGUCGAACCUGCGGCACUGGGGUCCGCUUCCGGCAGAGGAAAUGUGACAACCCUCCGCCGGGGCCGGGAGGGCGGCACUGCCAAAAAGCCAGCGUGGAGCACAAGGCCUGCGAAGCCCCCCCCUGUGCCAAGGGGCUGCCCACCUUCCGGGACCAGCAGUGCCAGGCUCAGGAGCGGCAGGCGGCCAAGAGGAAGGCAGCCAUGUGGACGGCCGUGAUGAAUGACGACAAGCCGUGCGUUCUCUUCUGCACCCCCGUGGGCCGAGAGGCCUCCGUCUUGGCGGCGAAGCGCGUCCUGGAUGGCACCCCCUGCGGACCCUAUGAGACCGACCUCUGCGUCAACGGAAAGUGCCAGAAAAUUGGCUGCGAUGGAAUCAUUGGAUCUUCUGCCAAAGAGGACCGCUGUGGUGUGUGCAAUGGUGACGGCAAAUCCUGCAAGAUAGUCAAGGGUGACUUCAACCACACCAAAGGAAUGGUCACCAGUAGCCAUUGUAAGAAGGUUUCUACGUGUGUGAUGUCAAAGCCCAGGGCUGUUCCCAAGUGUUUCUCAUGUUACGUCGAGGCAGCCGUCAUCCCAGCCGGGGCGCGGAGGAUCAAAGUCGUGGAGGACAAGCCGUCCCACAGCUUUCUGGCUCUGAGAGACUCUAGCAAGAGGUCCAUCAACAGCGACUGGAAGAUCGAGCUGCCCGGGGAGUUUGAACUGGCCGGAACCACCGUUCGUUACGUGAGGAGGGGGCUCUGGGAGAAGAUGUCUGCCAGGGGACCUACAAAGACACCCCUCCACCUCAUGGUGCUGCUGUUCCACGACCAAACGUACGGCAUCCACUACGAGUACACCGUGUCCCUGAGCCAGACGACGGAGGUCGGGGACCCGCCCGCCACAGAGCCCACCCCCCUUUACAUCUGGACCCACAGUGGCUGGGAGGACUGCAGUGUACAGUGUGGUGGAGGUGAGAGAAAAACUGUCGUUUCCUGCAUGAAGAUAGUGAACAAGACCAUGGUGCUGGUGAACGACAGCCACUGCAACCUGGAGAACCGACCGGCUCCCCAAACCAGACCCUGCAACAUGCAGCCCUGCCAGUCCCGCUGGCUGACGAGCGGGUGGGGCCCCUGCUCCGUCUCCUGUGGGAAGGGUCUGCAGCUGCGCGAAGUGAUGUGCAUCUACCAGCUGCAGAACGGCUCCUAUGUCAACGCCCUCAACGUCUACUGCCUGGGGUCCAAGCCUAGCGCCGUGCGAACCUGCGAGACCCGACACUGCAUCAGCAUGUGGGAGGCGUCAGAGUGGUCCAAGUGCUCGUCGGACUGCGGCCAGGGCUCCCGCAGGCGCACAGUCACCUGCACCAACCCACAUGGCAGGUGUGACGCAGCUCCCCGCCCCCCCGAGGAGGAGGUUUGCGAGGAUCACUCCAGGUGCUAUGAGUGGAAGACCGGCGAGUGGUCAAAGUGCUCAUCAUCCUGUGGGCGGGGCCUGCAGUCCAGGGUUGUCCAGUGUAUGCACAGAGUGACUGGUCGCCAUGGCAGCGACUGCGCGGGAGUUCUGAAACCCCCGGCCUACAGGCAGUGCCACCAGGGGGCGUGCAACGAAAAAGUCAACGUCAACACCAUCACUUCUCCUAGACUGGCUGCCCUGACGUACAAGUGCACGGGGGACCAGUGGGCCGUGUACUGCCAGGUCGUGCGAGAGAAGAACCAGUGCCAGGACAUGCGCUGGUACCAAAGGUGCUGUCAGACCUGCAGGGACUUUUAUGCAAACAAAAUGCCGAUAAAUAGUUAAUGACUCGCGCUGGAUUGGACAGCCCCGUUGUUUUUGUUACUGUCAUUUAUUAAUAAUUAAAGUUGUGACUUAAAUUUUAGAAAAUAUCUAAAAUGGCGGCGUAUAAGUGGAAUCCAAAGCUUACCGUUUUUUAUGAUGACUUGAACGUUAAAGUUUUAUAUAUUUUUUUUGUUUGUUUUUUUUUUUUUUCGUUUUGUUCGUUUUGUUUUGCUGUACGACCAAAAUUCAGUGCCUUGAAGAGGUGACCUUCCGUAAGUCCGUUACCAAGUAGUUCGCUCCGGCAUUCUGUAUACUCGCUGAGGCAUCAGCGCUCUGCCUUUCACAAGCCACUGGCUGGCUGGUAGCCGAGAACGCGGCAGCUUUUCGUUUAAGUUCCCCCGGUCGUCGUCGUUUGUGUCUUUUGUUUUGCUCUGUCAUUGUUGCCAUUAUUAUUUAAAAAUCAUACUAUCGAAGAGACGGCAUCUGGCCUCCGGUGACCUCGGAGCACAGAGCCUUCUUGAAACCUCAUGAAAAGAAUAUGUAGCACAUCUAACUUCGUGGGGGAAAACGUCAGUAGUGCCGCUGUGAAACCUUACUGGCUGUUAGACGAGACGAGCUGAGCUGAGACUUUCCCACCCCAAGAUGUCGGCCUCGUUCGAGUCGGCCGCCUGUUUUGUAUUUGGUGCCACUCUGCUGCCUCUCACCUUCCUCUAGGCCUGAGGUUGCCGGUCUUCUUCCAAACUGCUCUCUGCGUUCGCCGACUUCUCUUCCAGCUGGUCCCUCAGUGUCAAUACAGUGACGAGCGCCAAUGGAAUCGUAUUAAACAAACACGUCUUAAGGCCCGUUUGGUAUCAUUGUAUUACAUUUGGUACUCAAGGAACACCACUGUAAAAGACCAAAUCUGAUCGGCAAAGAAAAACUAGAAAAGUAUUAUGGAGAAAAUUUUGAUUGUUGUUUUCAUAAAUGAAUUAAACCCAAUGUGGUGUUUGUGGUAAUAUAUAUAUGUAAUAAUUAUUUUUUAUUUCUUCGGCAUAAGUAUGAUCAAUUUCAAGACUUAUCUAAUUAAAAACACAGGGAGACCAAGCCAAGGAACAUUACCCAAGCUUUACAGAACUUAACCACUUUCUUCAGUGGUUCAAAUCGUUACCAGUUACAGUUUACUUUGAACGAGCAGCAAAACGGCUUGCAGUGACCUUGUGCAUCUCAGCAGUGUUUUUGUAGAAUAAUUUCUGGCAAUUGUUGACGAGUUAUUAGCCUAACGAAUGUUGCACGCUUUAGUAUAGCCAUUACUCUGAGAGAGACUACCCUGUUCCCGAUUAAAUAUUCCCAUCAGGAAGCUUAGCUACAGUGCACCAUCUUUGACUGGGUCGGAAAUAAGUGCAUUAAUCAGCUGUUGUGUCCAAAGGAAGGGGGUGGCACUAAUCUGAGAACAGCGUGUCCUGUCUGAAGGUUGAAGAAUUGGGUUUUAAUGGCCAUUUUUCGUUCUUCUCAAAUCCUCAUAUAUCGGCAUGAGCGGGCAUGCAGACCACCAGCGUCUGGAUUACCACACUCUUCAGUGUUCAGUGAGCUGCUUUCAGUCCAGGUGCUCGACGGUAAUAGAGGGACGAGCCCCUCGAGAUGACUGUCAACAUAUCGGCUGUUAAGGCAUCAGCAAGGCAAAUACUCAGUAACUGGAAAUGCAGACAUUUGUGAUGCAAAGCUGGUUUCUUCAUUUUCUGCUGAGUCAGUUAAUAUGUCAGUGUAGCUCCCAGCCCCCAAGUGAUGACACACAAACAUGUGUUAUAUAGUUAGGGGGGGCUGUUCACAUCAUGGGAUGCCUGUGUGUAAUGGUACAGUAUGUGUAGAGGUGUCAGUAUGACGCAUGCGAAGUUCGGGGUCCAUCAGCAGCAGCUCGUCAAAAUAACCAUGAACGAAGGCUUGAGCCGCGUUACUAUUAAUGCCGAUGACAGUUUGAAGCAGGGAAACAAAAAAAAACAUUUUUUUAAAUGAGUUGUAAGCGUGAAUGAUGUCAUCUUCCGUGUGGGAUCGCCCAUCUUCGGCGGGGUCCACAGCUAGAGUGGUGCUAGACAAAAUUCACUACUGUGGAAUCGGCGUGUCAUACUCGGAGCUCCGGGCUCUGUGUUUGUUGAACGUUGUGUGUUUCUGGUGAGAUCUGGUCCUUGUGUUUUGCUGUUAUUUAAUACUGAAGUGUAUCUUCUCUCCAGUAGCUGUUGUCAUUUGCUUCAUUCCGGCGAUGUAGUGCCAAUAUUCUUUAAUAUUACAUGUACUGUACCUCUGUUUAAUUGCACAAGUAUUUGGUGCAUAAGUGGUCACUAUCUAUAUAGAUAUUAUGGUGCUGACUUUUUCUAUUGUUAAACAAAACAGGAAUUUGAAACUUACAGCAAAAAACGUCUUUUGUAAUACGGGGGUAUAAUCAUUGUGAGGAUUUUGUGUCAGAACACCGGGAUUUUUCAGAUUGUAACUAACUUACAGAUGCAUUCGUUUCGAGCAGUUUAACAUUGAAAUAGACGUUAACAAAUUAAAAAUGCAAAAUACGUAUGGCUAAAAGUAUUGUGUAUAGAAAGUGUAUUUCAAGAACGUACUGUAAGUUGAUUUAAUAAAUGACAUAAUGACAUAAUAAAAUGUACGUUUUUAAUCGUA